UUGUUGGUGGAGCAAGUGGCAGUACUACUUAUCUCAGUAGUGCUGAGUUAUACAAUCCAUCAACAGGCACCUGGACAACUACAGGAAACAUGAACGUUGCACGAUAUUUACAUACAGCAUCCACAUUAACAAAUGGAUAUGUAUUAGUUGCUGGUGGAUCCAACGACACUGGUCGUAGUUAUCUCAAAAGUGUUGAAUUAUACAAUCCAUCGACAGGCACUUGGACUAACAUAGGAAACAUGAAUAUAGCACGAUAUUUACACACAGCAUCCAUAUUAACAAAUGGAUAUGUAUUAGUUGCUGGCGGAGCCAACGAACCUGGUAGUUUUCUUGCUAGUGCUCAAUUGUACAAUCCAUCAACAGGCACUUGGACAAACACAGAAAACAUGAAGGUUGCACGAACUUCUCACACGGCAUCAGUAUUAUCAAAUGGAAAAGUAUUAGUUACUGGCGGAUUAAAUUCUAAUGGUAUUUUAAGGAGUGCUGAGCUGUAUGAUCCAUCAACAGGCACUUGGACAACCACAGGAAGUAUGAAUAUUGCACGAAAUGAACACACAGCAUCCACAUUAGCAAACGGAUUAGUAUUAGUUACUGGUCAACCGAGCAAUCCUUCUUCCAUUAGUACUGAAUUCUACAAUCCAACAACAGGCAAUUGGACAAUUACAGCAAAUUUGAAUAUUGCACGAUCAGGUCACACAGUAUUCACAUUAGCAAAUGGAAGAGUAUUAGUUACUGGUGGAUGGAGCCCCGGUGUUGGGCUUCUAAAUAGUACCGAGCUUUAUUAA